GCUGCCCUGCCACCACAGCCACCCGACCUCCCCCGCCCCCGCCUAUUUAUACGCCUCCUCCUCCACCACCGCAUGCCAUCGCCAUCCUCCAGCGCCUGCUCUCCCGACCCACCUCGCCGCGCCGCGCCAUUCCUUCCCACCACUCCGCCGAGGAGACGUAUACCCACCUCGUCUGCCAGACGAUUAACGAUAUGAUUCCCCAGGCCGCUAGCCUCGACCUCGGCCUCAGCCUCGGCCUCGGGCUCACCUCCCAGGGCAGCCUCUCCUCCUCCAUCACCACCGCCGGCUCGUCCCCCUGGGCCGCCGCGCUCAGCUCCGUCGUCGCCGCUCAGCAGCACCAGCCGCACCACGCCGCCGCGGCGGCGGCUGUGGAUCCCGACAGCGGGGCGAUGCGGGCGUCCACGUCGCCCGACAGCGCCGCGGCGCUCUCCAGCGGCACCAGCGGCGGCGGGGACAACAAGAGGGAGCUCGAGCGCACCGGCUCCGGUGGCGUCCGCAGUGACGAGGAGGACGGCGCGGACGGCGCCGGGGGGAGGAAGAAGCUCCGCCUCUCCAAGGACCAGGCCGCCGUGCUCGAGGAGUGCUUCAAGACGCACAGCACGCUCAACCCCAAGCAGAAGGUCGCCCUGGCCAACCGGCUGGGCCUCCGGCCGCGGCAGGUGGAGGUGUGGUUCCAGAACCGCCGCGCCCGGACAAAGCUCAAGCAGACGGAGGUCGACUGCGAGUACCUCAAGCGAUGGUGCGAGCGCCUCGCCGACGAGAACAAGCGCCUCGAGAAGGAGCUCGCCGACCUCAGGGCGCUCAAGGCCGCGCCCUCGACCGCCGCGCAGCCCGCCUCCUCCCCCGCCGCCACGCUCACAAUGUGCCCCUCCUGCCGCCGCGUCGCCGCUAACCACCAGCAACAAUGCCACCCCAAAUCUAAUGCCUCCCCCGCCCCCGCCGCCGCCACCGCCGUAGCCGGCAGCGUGGUGCCCAGCCACUGCCAGUUCUUCCCGGCCGCCGUUGACCGGACAGGACAGAGCACGUGGAACGCCGCCGCCGCGCCGCUCGUCACCAGAGAGCUGUUCUAAGAACGGUGGAUCGGAUCCAUCAAUCGAUCUCGAUCGCCAUGGCCGCAGGGUGAUGGAUCGACCGAUGAUGGAUGAUUGAUUAGAAGAAUGAACACAAGUUCUGAUUAGGAUCUCGCAGGUGGUGGCCGGAGUAAUUAAUUAAUCAGUUAAUCAGGAGAGGAGAUUUUCUUUUUUCUUUCCCUUUUUUUUUCUUUUGGAUUAAUUCAUCAGUUGGGUUUCUGAAAACAACAACGACGACGACGAACGAACAACAAACAAAGAUGGCUGUCCGCUUUUUCCUGGACGGCGUGUAAACCAGUUCACCUAAUCUGCUGGUUGGUGAAAUAACAGCGUGAUUGAUUGUACUAAUUGAUUGGUGAAGAAAGUUAAUGCAAAUCAAAUCUUUACUAA